AUGAGUUUAGCUGUACUUGGCAAUCAAUCACUCGAUGAACUUCAAUCACUUGUUAUUAAAAGUUUUAAAGAAGUACAAAAUAAAAAUCUGGAAAAACCAAAAUAUCCUUCUGAUCCAUAUGGUGAAAGCAAACGAAAAACAAUUUGCUAUCAUGUUCCUGUGAACGAAUCUCGUCAAUUAACAAUCAAUUGGGUUAUACCUGAUCAAAGAGAAUUAUAUUACUGCAAACCUGAAUUAUAUCUAUCACAUUUAAUUGGACAUCAAGGCGAUGGUUCAUUAUCGUCAUAUUUAAAAACAUUGGGUCUUGCUAUUGAAUUGGUAGCUGGUGAAAGUCAUUCUGCACCUGGAUUUAAUUUUUUUUCUAUUGAUAUUCAACUAACUAUUGAAGGAUUGAAUCAAUGGGAACGAAUUCUUUAUAGUGUUUAUCAAUAUUUGGCUAUGUUACGUAAAGAAGGACCAAAAGAAUGGAUUUUUAAUGAAGGCAAAAAUAUAAAUCAAAUGGAAUUUCAAUUUGAAGAAAAAGGACAACCGCGUCAUAUUGUAUCAAAUUUAGCUGGUAGAAUGAGGGAUUAUCCAUUAAGUGAAUGUUUAUCCGGUCCAUAUGAAAUGCGUGAAUUUCGUCCAGAUUUAAUAAAUGAACUUCUUAAUGAAUAUUUAAUUCCAACUAAAAUGAGAGUAUUUCUCACAAGUAAAAAGUUUCUAUCAAUUGCAACAGAAAAAGAAAAAUGGUAUGGUACACAAUAUAAACAAGAAUAUUUAUCAGAAGAACUAAUUAAACAAUGUGAAACAUGUGAAAUUAAUUGUGAAUUUUAUUUACCAACACCAAAUCAAUUUAUUCCAACAAAUUUUCAAUUAUUUUCUAAAAAGAAAAAUCUUGCACGACCACAAAUACCAACAAAGAUUAAAGAAAAUGAAUAUUAUCGUCUUUAUUAUGCUGAAGAUUCAUUUUAUAGAUUUCCUAAAGCUUAUAUUUAUUUUGAAUUUCGAAAUCCAUUAGUAUGUGUUGAUCCAAUACAUUCCAAUUUGACUACACUUUAUGUUGAAUUAAUAAAUGAUUCAUUAAUUGAAUUUGUCUAUUCAGCACAACUUGGAGGUUUAGACUAUGAAUUAUAUGAUUGUAAUGAUAGUAUUCAAUUAAGUAUUUCUGGAUUUAAUCAUAAAAUAAAAGAAUUACUUAAUAUAAUUAUUGAUCAUAUGAUUAAUAUUAAAAUAGAAGUAGAACAAUUUGAAAUAAUUAAAGAAAAAUUUAAACAGUCAUUACAAUUUUUUCGUCGUUGUGUUCCUUCUACAAUGGCAAAGUUUGGUCUUACGUAUUUAACAGCUGAAUAUGACUGGAAUAAUAAUGAAUUACUUAGUUGUCUUGAUGGUACAUUGAAAAAAGUUAAUUUUGAAAAAAAGAAUUUCUUCAUUUUUCUUUGUUACGAUAUUACAAUGCAUGAUGUAGAAUCAUUCAUUACUCGAGUAUUAAAACAUUUUUAUAUUGAUUCAUUAAUGUAUGGAAAUUUAACAAAAAAUCAAGCAAUUGAAUAUAUGACUUUAGUUGAACAAAAAUUUAAAGAAAAAUCUUUUUAUCAACCACUUUUUCCUAGUAUGUGGUUUAAUCAACGUGAAUUAGCAUUACCUAAUGGUUGUAAUUAUGCAUAUACAAUGUUUAAUGAUGCAUAUAAAUUAAAUGCAAUCAUUAUAUAUUUACAAUGUUUUCAAGAAACACCUGAAAAUAACGCUUUACUUGGAUUAUUUUCUUAUUUAGUUAAGCAACCUUGUUUUAAUCAAUUACGAACUAAAGAACAAUUAGGUUACGUCAUUAAUUCACAAUUAUGGCGUUCAUGUGGUGUACAAGGUUUUAGUGUUACUGUCCAAUCAGCUCGAGAACCUGGUUAUAUUAACCAACGUAUUGAAUUAUUUAUUGAUUCGAUAAGAGAUUAUAUUUCAACAAUGUCUGAUGAACUAUUUAAAAAACAACGCGAAGGUUAUAUCGUUAAAAACGUGGAAAUACCAAAAAACAUGCAUGAUCAAGGAAAUCGUUUUUGGAAUGAAAUAACUAAUCAUCAAUUUUAUUUCGAUCGUCCUUCACGUGAAACUGAAAUAAUAAAAACAUUAGAACGUGAUGAUUUACUUCGUUUCUAUGAUCAUUACAUAUCACCACGUUCAAAUUAUCGACGUAAAUUAUCUGUUCAUGUUAAUCCAUCUUCAUUUGCACUCCAAAUGCAAACUAAUGAAACAAAUACUAUCGAAAAUGAAGAUGAAUUAACAGAUAUUAUUCAUGAAGAAUCGUCUUCAAUUAUUAAUGAAGAAGAUGUUGCUGUAACUACUGAAACAAGUCAUGAGUCAAUUCAAUCAACUGAACAACUACCUAUUAUUGAUAAAUUAACUGAAAUAGAAAAUAUUUUAGCUAAACAAGAGAUUGAUUUACCAGAGUUUGAAUGGAUCGGCAAUGUUCAUAUAUGGAAAAGUAAAUUGUUAUGUUAUCCACUUGCUCAAUCAUAUGAAAAACUUGAUGUACCUGUUCUCUAUAAAUUAUAA